CCCGACAUACUUUUUUUCUGCUCUUAACACGAAGAGGAUCACUCUCUCGGAUGCAUUUGUCAAUGGAUACCCUCGGAAUGGUGGACGAUGGUUGCCUGGACAACUACGACAUGUCAAAGGGUGUGGGUUUGAGUGGCGGGGGCCGGGUCCACAGCAUUGACGUGAUACUGGGAUUCAGCAAAGACCAGGACCCGCUGCUCCAGCACGCUGGGGAAGUCCACGACCACAAGGUGAACGGAGGCAACCAGGACGACCCUGAGAAGCAGGCGUCCUCCGAUCCGUACAGACACCUCUCAGAGCUGGGCGACAGCACGGAGCAUUCCACUUUCGAUGAGUCUGGCCUUUUCUCGGGGGAGAAGUGUGAGGAGGGGAUGGGUGAGCUUCCGAAGGACUUGGGUGACGACGGGGGUUCCCCGGAGCCUUGCAGAGACGACGACCACCCUAAGAAGAAGCACCGGCGAAACCGCACCACCUUCACCACCUACCAGCUCCACGAGCUGGAGAGGGCCUUCGAGAAGUCCCACUACCCGGACGUCUAUAGCCGGGAGGAGCUGGCCAUGAAGGUCAACCUGCCAGAAGUCCGCGUUCAGGUUUGGUUCCAAAACCGCAGAGCCAAGUGGAGGCGCCAAGAAAAGAUGGACACCAGCAGCAUGAAGCUCCACGACUCCCCCAUGCUCUCCUUCAACCGCGCCCCUAUGCCAUCCAGCGUGGGCCAGAUGGCCAACAGCAUGCCCCUGGAUCCCUGGCUGGCCUCGCCCAUGUCCAGUUCCGCACCUCUACACUCCAUGCCCGGGUUCAUGGGUCCGCCUCAAGGCCUGCAGCAUUCCUACUCCAGCCACGGCUUCCUAAACACCCCUCCGGGGAUGGUCCAGGGUAUGCAGUCGAUGCCCCCUCCUCCCUAUCAAUGCCCGCCCAGCUUCAAUGACAAGUACCCCAUGGAGGACGAGAGGAGUUCCAGCAUCGCAGCGCUAAGGAUGAAGGCCAAAGAGCACAUUCAGUCCAUGGAUAAGACAUGGCAGCACAUGUGAUCCGCUGGGAAUGCUAAAGCGUGCAGAAUGGAUCUUAAAGCUGCUCCGGUAAAUGUUUACAACAAAAUGUUGGCGGGUA